AGAAUAUGCCCCAAAGACAAGAGACGUGAGCUUCAAAUAUAGCACACGACUUAUUGUUCUCGCACUCGCCGAAACGCAACUCUCCUCUCUUGGCAUCCAUGCCACCCUCUCAAGUCCCGUUCUCCCUCCUCCCCCAAAAGAGCAAUAUCGAACAACUCACAGCUACAGAUGCCGGCUCAGCUACAAGGCCGCAGAUCUGUCCUAGCAGCCCUCAACCUUGUUUAGCUUGUAAGCCUGCAUCGGCGUUCCCGUACCCCCCUCCCCCCGACGACCCCUCUCAACGGACGGGUCGUUCCCUUACUUCCCCUUCCCCCACCAGAUGGGGACAACGUCACUGCUAUAACGGGCGAGCUGGAGCCUGGGGGGCUCGAGGUUCUUUGUCGAAGCUUGGACCCCUUUUGCCUGAUCAGAUAGACGAUUUGAUUGUCCUUGACUUGACUUGGCUUGGCUUGGGUUGGGUUUCUUUGAAGAUCGGGACUGGACCUUGAGUUGAGCCGUGCGUUUUGUCGCUUAUAGCUUGUGGCUUGAAAGAGAGGUCCUAUGAUGCUGGUGUCGUUAUUGUUGAAGAAACAAAGAGACUCGAUCCGAUACUCGAACCAUUCACAAAGAAUUGAGCCUUUAAUAUAAAGAGCAAUGUUCUAUCUAUAGA